GGGCCCUUUCUCCUUGCCAAACUAGUGCGCUCGCUCUCCGGCCUCUCUCGCACCCCCCUCUCUCCCCUACCUCUCUCCGGCUCUCUUCUUCCAAGGCAGACAGCAUCAGAAUUUUCCGACAGUAUGUGCAUUCGUUGAUCUCGCGCUCUCACCACGCACACACACUGCUGGUGUCGGGGGUGUAUGCAGUAUGCCACCAGGAGAAGAAGGGAGUACCCAUGGAAACAUCGCUGAUGGGGAUGCACCAAGGAGACGUCAACGUCGCCGCCGCAUAUUCAGGCGUUCCACGGAGAGGAAGAACCCAGAGAAUUUAGAGUUUGAACGUCAAGUAGCUGCAUUCGAGGCUAGGCAGGAACAACAACGGCAGGACCAGAUGACUGAUGCUUUUAUUGGAUCAUUGAGUUUCAAAGUAUAUUUUCCUCAUCUGAAAAUAUUGUCAGACGAUGUGCAAGAUGGAGACAGCACUCAGCCGGCUGGUAAAGGACGGCUUCUAAAAGAUUCAGCUAAGCCACCUGAUGAUACAGAUUUCCUGGAAGGUACUUUUAUCAAGAUAAAUUCAGACAAACAGAAAGCUACAAGAAAUAAGAAGAGCGGCAAGAACAACAAAAAGAAGAAAAAGGGCAAGAGCAAGGGCAAAGGCAAGGGUAGAAAACAGUCACAUGCUUCAGAAAUGCAGACUGGGUCACCCACCCAACAACCUUCUUCCACAUGCGCUAACGCGACCGGUGGCGAAACCUCGGCGUCCUCGUCCAGCCGUGUUGCCGUUCGGGUGCCACUACUGGAAUACAGUUCUUCCUCCUCCAGCUGUCGGGUGACAGCAAAACUUGUCAUCACUUCUGCUGUAAACAGUGCAUCUUCUGGUAACGAGAAGGAACUAUCUGCUUCUAGCAGCAGUGAUGACUUCAAAAGCUUUGAGAGCACUACUUCAUACACCACUGCUGCUAGUCGUUCAUCUGCUAAUGACUAUUAUACUGGUGGCAAUGCAUGGAACUGCACCAUGGGUGAUUAUGCUGGCAGCUUGUCAGAUGCGAGAAGUGAGCCGUCAUUGUCUGCAUCAGAUUAUUCUACAGAUUCACGAGGUUUUAGGCGCAAGACGACGAGUGGUGAAGGAAACAGACCAAAUGUUCACCAUCAAAGCUUCAGUUUAUUAGCAGUCGGUCCUGGCUGUAGCCAAGAAGCCUUGCUCUGCAGCGGUUAUUCUAGCAAUGGUGGUGAUUUCCAGGAAGUUGUCUCCAGGAAAGCAGCACAGAAGAUGAAAAGGAUGCAACGAUCAACUCCUGCUACGACUAGUUCAUCUACCAUGGCUGCUUCAGGACCUAUUGUAGCACGUGCACACUUCCCAAGAGCUCCAUUCCGUGAGGUCAUUACAAUAGGACAUUACAUAAAUGAUGAUACAUUUUAUGCUAGAAAACCAAACCAGAAAAAGGGUAAAUACCAGAAGGCCCGCAGUUUCAGUAACAUGUCGUCAAAGACCGGUUAUACUACUGAUCAUGGAGAUAAUGUUUCAGCUGGUAGCAACAGAAUGCUUCUUAUAACGACAGUGCACCAAGCAAAACCCAGGAGUGGUCAUCAUGUUACCCUAGAGGCUAUCGAGGAAACUAGUUCUCCAAGCUGUCUUCCCAAUCCCAAGGCAGGAGAGCUGAAAGCCAUGGCUCCAGUUGGUGAUGGCAUCAUCAAGGACACAGAUUCAAAAACACCAUCUUCUUCUGAUAAACUUUCAUCACUACUAGGUCAUCUGGAUAACUCUUCAUGUGUUGAUAGUAGGGAAGGACAGAAAAAAGCUAUGGCGGCCCCAGUCGAUGGUGACACCGAAGACGCAAGAGCACCACCAUCUUCUGAUAAAACUUCAUCACUAGAUAAUCUGGAUAAUCCUUCAUACGUUGGCAAGGAAGAACAGGAAGAAGUUGUGGCUCCAGUUGGUGUUGGCACUGAAGCAGACAGAGAUUCUACAGCACCAACUUCUGAUAAAACUUCGUUACUAGGUUACAUGGUUAAUUCUUCAUGUGUGGAUAGGGACGAAGAACAGCAGAACAAAGCAAAAUUCAGUACUGAUGCAUCAUCGUCUGAGUUGGAUAAGAUUAUUGAAGCCGUUAAUAAUGCAUAUGGAGUUCAGCAAGCAGCAUCUGAUGUGUACAUGAUCAGUGCCGGUAUCCAUGCCGAUAUUGAAAACUUCUUACAUGCGGCCACCCCAGUGAUUGGACAGACAUCUUGCACAAAAGGUAACAUGAGCUUGCAAGAUCUGCGUCUGUGGAACGUGUGGAGCUGGUAUGAAGAACCUGAGUGCUGUGGGAUUGAAGUUCAGAUGCAGGGAAAGACCAAUUCUAGCUGGCCAGAACUUUCUACAUAUUUUGUACCUCUUCUAUCUGCGGUUCAGUUGUUUGGACAGCCAGCUGGGAAGUCACAAAGUCACGGCAGCGGACUCGUCUUUGAGUACUUCGAAUCGGAGAAUCCCUUUUCACGGCCUCCAAUCUUCACCAAGAUCAAACAGCUUCGGCACGGCGUAAACCUCUCUGCUGGUAAUCCAAUAUUUGGGGAUCCUAAGCAACUUGAAAGUGUCAAGCUAUCUGAUCUUCAUCCUGCUUCCUGGUUCUGUGUUGCCUGGUACCCUAUUUGUCAGAUACCUGCAGCUGCAGGGAGCUGCCAAGCUUCAUUCCUGACAUACCACUCCCUAGGAAAAUUGGUUCCACAAAUUUGCUCUACGGAUAAUAAGGCUGAUGCGUAUGAUCGUAUGAUCUGUCCGAUUGUGGGUCUGCUUGCCUACAAAGACCAGGGAGAGAAGUGGUUUCAACUGAGAGAACAACAACUCAGGAUCAAACCAAGGCCACCCUCGGGAACCGACCAUGCUGAACUCCUGAACAAGAGGCUGAGGGCACUGAGGCAAUGUGCAUCAAUCAUGUCGAAGGCAGUGGUGCCAAGGGCGCCAUCUGGAGAAGCCAUGAACUAUCAUUCAGAUUACGAGUUCUUUUUGUCAAGGUCGUCUCUGCAGUAAGCAUGCGCGUUAUGUAUUGCAUAUCUACCGAUGCGCGCGGUGUUUCGAAUGGGCUGAUAUAAUCUCUCCCCUCGCAUGACCAACUUAAGUUUGUGUUUUUUUCCCUUGGCACUAGUACAGUACCCAGAUGACAUGGGGUUUAAGUUGGAUGUUCUAUAUAUGUUCUAAAGCCUUGACAUAUAUUGCUGUUGGCUUGUGGAUCCCUAAGAUGCAUUUGACGACAAAGUUUUAUUUUGAUUUGUGUUUGCUUGUGUGGUAAUUUCAACUGUUGAACAUUUGUUGUCUUUUA